AUGGCUCAAACCCUUCCUGAAGAUGUCAUACGCGAAGUGUUCGAACACCUCGCGAUCGUCAACCCCGCUGGCUGGAUAAGCUACACGCAACCUUGGUUCUCUCUCGGCUGGAUAGCUGCUACGCACGUAUGCCUACGAUGGCGCGCUAUCGCUCUCGACAUGCCCACUCUAUGGGCAGACGUGGUCUGCGCCUUUCCCGGCAGCUCUACCGCGGACGAACUACUUGCACGUGCCCGAAGUUGUCCCGUGAAGAUCGAGGUCAGCUAUAAUUGCACAAAGGCGCUUUUCCAACAGCGUUACUACCUCCCAAUCAGCUGGAGCACGCAGCACCUGGGCAGGGCGAACACCUUCUGCUGUGACAUUCGCCAGUGGUCGGAGUUCCUUCGCGAUGAUGCUGAGGUUUACAAUGCCCUUACUGGCCCCCUCCCUUCGCUGCGGCGUCUCAAUCUCAGUUGCAACACGCCUAGUGGGGACAGCCCGCCCCCAAUUCUGAAAUUGAACGCUCCCGGUCUUGAUCUGAGCUUAGAGCUCGAGAGCGUGCCCGACACGGUGGCACUCGUCGCUGACCGGACCAACGCGGUGCACCUCGACCGCCUCGAAAUUCUCCAUGUAACGUUCAGAUUCGAGCGUCAUGCACUGGAUUUUCUUGGAGUCGUCACCGCACCCGCACUCAGACGCACCCGAAUAGCCGUGUACGACGACACAUUCAACAAAGAUCGGGUUUUCGCACAAGCACUCGCGCAACAGCAACUGCUCCACGCCGAGUAUCUCUCUAUUUCGGAAUCGCAUGUAUCGAUCUCAAGCUGGACUCCCAAUUAUGUGGAGCUCGACGUGAAGUGGUACUCGCCGGAUGGAUGGCACUCGCAUUAUACGGCGAUUGUCGCCGCGUUGGCGCGUUGCAUCGACCCUACUCAAGUCGAGUGGUGCGAAAUGGAGUGUCUGAAUCAGAGGCAGCAGGAUGAUGAAUUGGAUAGGGCACUUGUUAACAUGUGCCACUCGCUAUCCCGCGUCGAAAGACUGAUAUUCGUCGAUGCUCCUCAUCCCGACACGCUACGCAUGCUCUUGGCCCCCGAAGACGAAUCACUCGUUCCAAUGCCAAAGUUGGAGACAUUGUGCCUGGAGAUGAACGGUUCGUCGGACGGGAAGUCCGCAUCCAGUAUCGGAAAGCACUUCAGAGAAGUCGAUGACGAAGACAUCGAAGUUUUCUGGUGGAAAACGCUGAAGGACGUCCUUUCAAGUCGCUCGCAUGCGGGUGCUCCCAUACAAACUUUGGAACUUGGUGGGAACGAAUGGUGCACGCGGGAGAAGUGGACCGAGGACUGGACAGCGGAGAGCGCUGAGUGUCUCUCGCGUGGGCUGAUAUCCGAGGUGGUGGAUGAACGGCAGUACACACGAAAGUGUAGCGAGUGCCGCUGGCGUUGA